CUAAGUUGUUCAUGUAGGGUUGUACGCCUGGUACUCGUUUGUGCGUUUGUAUUGCUCUCAUGAACUCGAGCCGAGGUAGUUGUCACAGACCGGCCACUGGGAGUGGAUAAAGGUAAAAGUGAGAGGUAUUGGACGUAUGAGCAGUGGGAAUGCUCGUGACGUAGUCGGGUUUUACAAUCUUUAGGUCUACCGCUUCUAUAACAACUUGCUAUCCUUCUUUGUUCUGGUCCAGAUCUAUCUCUCCUGCAACUCAUCACAACCCCCUUAUAAGAGUCGCACAAUGGCCCCUCCUACUACCUUCAAGCUCAACACUGGCCAGGAUAUCCCUGCCGUAGGUCUGGGUACUUGGCAGUCCCUCGCCGGCCAGGUCGAGAGGGCCGUCACAUACGCUCUUAAGGAUGGCUACAAGCUCAUCGAUUGCGCCUACUGCUACGGAAACGAGGAGGAAGUCGGCGCUGGUCUAAAGGCUGCCUUUGAGGCUGGUGUCAAGCGUGAGGACAUCUUUGUUGUCACCAAAGCCUGGGCCACUUACAACACUCGUGUCGAGCUGGCUCUCGACAAGAGCUUGAAGGCCCUCGGCCUCGACUACGUUGACCUUUUCUUAGUGCACUGGCCUCUUCUCCUGAACCCCGAGGGUAACGAUGACAAGUUCCCUAAGAAGCCCGACGGUUCCCGAGACGUCAUCCGAGACUACAACCAUGUUGAUGGCUGGAAGCUCAUGGAGAAGCUCCCCGCUACUGGUAAGACCAGGGGUGUCGGUGUCUGCAACUAUAGCAAGAAGUACCUUGAGGAGCUUCUGCCUCAUGCCACCAUCCUUCCCGCCGUUAACCAAAUCGAGAACCACCCUAAUCUUCCCCAACAAGAGAUUGUCGAUUUUUGUAAGGAAAAAGGCAUCCAUAUUCAGGCCUAUAGCCCUCUGGGUAGUACUGGUGGUCCCGCUAUGACCGCUGAGCCCGUCGUGAAAAUUGCCGAGAGGAAGGGCGUCUCUACCUCUACCGUUCUUCUCAGCUACCACGUCGCCCGCGGAAGCACCGUCCUCGCCAAGUCCGUCACCCCCGAGCGCAUCACUACCAACAAGACCAUUGUCGAGCUGGAUGAAGAGGACCUCAAGGCCCUCAAUGACUACUCCCACGACCUUGUGAAGAAGGAUGAGGUGAAGAGAUACAUAUACCCUCCUUUCAGUAUUGACUUCGGCUUCCCCGACAAGUCGUGAAUCAAACGACGGUUGUAAAUGGAUAAAGCGAUAAGAUUUUGGAAAAAAGCAAAGCGACCUUCUCUGUGAUUACAAAGUACCGGUAUCUAUAUGAUAGACUAGGGGGCUCUAAAGAAGCUUUGUAAAUACAACAUGCAAAAACGCAUGGAAUGUUUUGGUUUGUCGA